AUGGAUGCCAGAGAUGAGAGACGCAGGGAAAAGAGGCAGACCUUCCCCGGCGCCCUCCCCUCGACCACCAAGCUCCCCGGCGACAUAAUCCAGUCCCCCCCCUCAGCGGCUACACCUGCUAGGCCUUCAACCUCGCACCGCAAUUCCACACUCAGUGUCAACAGGAUGCCGAGCAUACUGGAGGAUGAGAAUGCCGUCUUCAACAACGUCCAGCGGCGGUCGAGGGUAACCAGCGUAGGCCCGUACUACCGAUACGGAGAGGACUAUAUCACACCGUGGGACCUUGUCGGCGCCAUACAGUCACCGCCCCCUCGGGCGCCGUCGAGACAGAGCACCUUCAGCUCGAGGGCGACCAACAGCGGUGACACGCAGGACAUCGAGGCCGGGGAAGACGAGAAACUGCCACAGGCCCGUGACGAGGCCCGCAAGGCCAGGCUCGGGGGUUGGCGCCGGAUCCUGACGGUCCUCUUGCUACUGGUGGCGUCUGCCGUGGGCCUCGGGGUGGGGUUGAAACUCGGCCUCCACAGCUGA